CACUCGCGUGGCCUUCGCGAAGGUGUCGCUGCCAAGAAACGUGUCCUGCGCGCAACGCCGUCUGUUUCUAGGGCAACGCCGGCGUCUCUUAGCAACCGCGCGCGGCCUGGGUGGGUCCCCCCGGAACCCCCAGCCCUGCCAUGGCGACCGCGAGUCGUAGCGUCUUUCUACUCAUGGUCAACGGGCAGGUGGAGAGCGCCCAGUUUCCAGAGUAUGAUGACCUCUACUGCAAGUACUGCUUUGUGUAUGGCCAGGACUGGGCCCCCACAGCGGGUCUGGAGGAGGGGAUCUCACAGAUCACAUCCAAGAGCCAAGAUGUGCGGCAAGCACUGGUGUGGAACUUCCCCAUUGAUGUCACCUUUAAAAGCACCAACCCCUACGGCUGGCCACAGAUCGUGCUCAGCGUGUAUGGACCAGAUGUGUUCGGGAACGAUGUGGUUCGAGGCUAUGGGGCCAUGCAUGUGCCCUUCUCACCUGGCCGGCACAAAAGGACUAUCCCCAUGUUUGUCCCAGAAUCUACGUCUAAACUGCAGAAGUUUACAAGCCACCUUCAGGGCUGUCUGUCAAAGACAGCAGUGUUUCAAGAUGAAAGCAGCUUGAGUCCGAGUCACUGACUUCUGUGAGAAACUUCUGCGGGAAGCCGCGCAGACCUGGAGAUGUGUUACUGCAGCAUAACCAAGAGCAUCCCACACACCCUUCUUUCUCUCCUGUCCCCUGCACUGAACGGGCACCCCCUGCCACCAGUCCCUAGCCUCCUAGCUCUGAGUCAAGCUUGUCUGCUUAUCCUUGGGUGGACACUGGGAGCCAGGCACUCGCACAGAGAGCAGAGGGCUGCAGGGCAGUCCCAGGCCUCCCUCCAGACUUGUCUCAGGGCCUUUCCAACCCUUCCCAUCAGUGUCUCCCAGCCGCCUCUGCCUCGGCCUCGCCUCCUCCCAUGACCCGAGCACCUCUUCCACCUCUGCUGCCUGGAGGUGCACGUGUCCUCCCGCCGCUGCCCUCCUCUGGUUGGUGGCUCUGAGGCACAGGCCCUCUGUGUCGGUCAGCUGUUGCACAGCAAGCCACCUAAGAACCAGUGGCUCUAACAGUCCCUUCCUCUCAGGAACACGCAGUUGGCUGGGCAGCUCCACACACUCCCUCCCUCUGUUGCCCCAGCUGACAGGCAGUGGCUUCCCAGAGCAGCUCUUCUGCAGCAUGGACACAAGAGGCAGAGCACAGGAAGAUUCUGGGGACCCGGCUCACUGUCACUUCCACCUCAUCCAAAGCAGCCUCCACCAGUGACAAGGCUGCAUUAAGAGGGCGGAUGCAGGAAGGGUAAAGGGCAGUGGCUAGCACUUCCCCCAGCACACCCGUGCAGGCCACCAGUCUCAGCACCUCGCAAAGGGCAGGCCUCCCACCCCCUUUCCCUGCGGUUCAGGGGCAACCAAAUGCCCAGCUCACACGGGCACUAGGACCAGGCUGGUGGCCUCAAUAACUGCAGACCAAGCUCCACAAGAAUCGGCUCCCUCAUCUCCCACCCCUCUCCAGUGGCACAGGACUGAUGAAGACGGGGUGGGAGAAGGACACAGCCAGAAACUACAUCAUGGUACAAAUGAUAAAUUAUAUUUAUACAGUAAGUAAGUAUCAACAGUCAACACAAGUUCAAAACCAGCCACCAGCCUUUGGGACUGAGAAACAGCUGGGUGACUUCCUCUACCACAGUGCCCAUCAGGAGGGAGCACGAUGGCACAGGUGCAACACACGUGGCAGUGGCCGGUGGCUUCAUGAUCAGUGCAGUGGGCAACAGGGACAUGCACUCGGGAUGGCCCGUGCCAGAAGAUGGGGCAGGGGGCUGUCUUCUUGGGUCCUGGUGGCACAGUGGCUGUCAUGUUGGGGCCUCAAAGUCGCAUCGUGAAGGGCUCUUGUUACAAAAGAAUCACUGACCCC